UAUUAAUAUGCGUUGGAUAGGUCAUAUGUUGGUGAUUAUGGAUGAUAGAGAUGCUUGCUUUGUACUACUCAUCGAAGCCAUUGCAAGAGUACUUAAAAAUGAUUUACGUAGAAGAUUAAGAAGUGCAAUGAAACGUUAUAAUCAACCCUUAUCAGCACCUUAUAUUGAUUUGACAACUAAAUUCUUAAAUAUGGUUUUUGGUAUUUCAACAUUGACAGAUUUCGAUACUAAUGAAUUUUGGAAUGUAACAGUAAAGAAUGAAUUGGCUUCAAAAUUCUAUAUUAUUAAUAUUCCAACGGUUUUAACGAUGCAUAAACAACAACAACAACAGAAUGGUAGUAGUGGUAGUUUAGGUACAAAUACAAGUAGUGAUAAUGUUUUAGAUUUAACAACCAAUGGAAAUGGUAAUUUAAAUAAUAGUGGUAGUGGAUAUCCGACAACACCAUCGUCAAAAGAUGGUGGUAUUAGAAAAUCAACUCAAUAUCCAUUGGCUCCAGCAUCACCAACUAUUCAAUCAACUCAAACUCAACAACAACAACAAGCUCAACAACAAGCUCAACAACAAGCAAGUACAAAUGGUUGGAAACUUCAAGAAAUUCUCUAUGAGAAACUAGAGGGUAACAAUUAUGAUCCAGUGAUUGGUCGUCAUUUAUUGUUCACUAGAUUCAGAGAUAUGACUCAUUUGAAAUUUAGAAAGAAAACCAUUGAAAAAGUGGCCGAUACUCAAUCAAAUCUUUGGAAUCAUUAUCAACCAUUCGAUACUAGUGAUUUGAAAAAGAUUGGUGUACGUGUUAAACAUACUGAUUUGGUUACAAAUGCUGAAGGUACCUUCUUUUAUGCUAAAGCAAUGACUGAACGUUCAAUUGGUACCGCCAUUCAUUUAUUACAUAAAGCUAGAAAAUUCUUUGAAUUGGCAUUAAUUUCAAAUCCAAACAAUAAGGAAACCUUACAACUAUGUGCUCAAGCUUGGUGUAAAAUUUUGGAAUUUAGUGCAAGUCAAGGUAAAAAUAUGUCCAAUGUUAGAUUUUCAAUGUCUGAUCGUGUCGUGGUAAAUACUGAUCGUUAUUUCUUACGUGCUAUCGAUGCCGAUACUAAAGGUCCCCUCAUUCUCUUCUUUUAUGCAAACUUUUUAGUUCGUUGUGAACGUUAUGAAAAAGCUGAAGAUUAUUUCCUUCGUUCUCUUGAAGCUGAUUCAAAUAAUUAUCGUUGUUUAACCGCUUAUGCAAACUUUUUAAUUGAAAGAGGUUUUCCAAAUGAAUCUUCUCUUUUCUUAGAAAGAGCAAAACAAUGUAAAGCAAUCUUAGUUGGUGGUUUUAAAAAUUAA